CGCGACAUCGCUGCUUACGCUCUUCAGCUAAAAGAGGAUAUUGGUUGGUGCGAUGCGGGAUUGCGACGCGGAGAUCGACUGUCACCACUACUGGUCCAUGCCAAAUCCAAUAAUGACGAUGCCUCGUCGUCGCUCUGGCGCCGUGUUUGUUAUUGCGUUACUCUAAGCGCCCGGAUGGGAUGGGCGUUUUAUCCUACCUGGCCAAUAUUAAGCGGCUCUUAGCUCGACGACCUUCUUAAACAUUCGAGCUCUUGUCUUUGAUAAUUAUCUCUAUGGUAAUGUACGGGUAGAUGAUUCCUAUGGAAGAAUCCGCGCCAGCGUUGUACGCUCAUUUAGAAUGGUCCGUAAUGGAGGAUAGCAUGAGUGUCAAAUCUACAGAAUCAGUGGCGACUAGCGAUGAGUAUGAAUUUGUAAGCGAUAAAGGUACUAUCAAGCAGUCGCAAUCCUUACUCGAAUCGCCAAUGUUGAAAAUAGCCAACAAUGGUAAUUUAGAGGAUCUUCAGAAUAAUUUGCAAGAGGUACUGACCGAAGAAUCAAAAAUGGACGAGGGCGAUAAUACAGAAAUAAUAUCGAGAGAUAUAUCAAAUACUCAGGAGACUAAAACAAUUGGCAAAAGUAAAUUUUACGACAUCUCUUCGUGUGCCAUUACGUCGGAAAAACAAGAUAACAUGAAGCCAGAUGAUUAUUUGGAUGAAGAAUUAACCAUCUUAUCGGAUGUACAACAGGAAUAUACAAAAUUUGACGCUGUUACUUAUCUUGGAGCAGCUCAAAUAAACGCACCUAAAUCAGAAGCUGAAAUACAACGGAAUAUGAAAAUAUUAGCCGAACAAUCGCUGAAUUCUGUUCCGAUAAAAGUGUCUAUAUCUGUACCGAGUUGUUCGCAAGGAAACGUUAUUUUGUACGACUCUGCAACUCAACAACCCAUCAAGAGUUACGAAGUGCAGCGCAUCCUUUUCUAUGCGAGAGGUGAAUGUUCAGGUCCUUAUUCGGCAUGUUUUGCUUUCACUUGGUCUCACGGAGACACCCAAGAAUCGGCGAUAUUUCAAUGUCAUGGUUUCCGUUGUGAUAUACCCGAAGCUAUACGACAAGUAUCCUCAUGUUUUGCCAAGGCCUUCCAAAGGUUUCCUCGGUCAAUGACUAAUUCCCUAACUGGAAGUGAUUUUAACAAUGGUUUUAAUCCUACCAAUGACAAGGUUAAUUCAAGGGUAUUUAUUUUCGAAGUUACUAUGGAAAUAAAGGAGGAGGAUGGAAAGGGUGCUUACAAUACAGUUCCCAAAGACAGAAAUUGUUUUAAGUUACGUAGUAAUGUUCCAAAGCAGGUAUGCUUGAGCAUACUGCAAGUGAAGGAAGGAGGUAUCACAUUGGAGAUAGAACGAUGUUUCGGCGUUUUAGUCAGUCCUGGUCGUAACGUUAAACACAGUGAUAUGAGAUUAUUAGAGAUGCAAACAAAUACGUCGCCAGUAGCGCCAGAAAAACAGUGUUAUAGCGUUUGUGGGCGAUGGGAUCCUGCCGAUCCUGCAUUGGAGACCUUAAAUAUUGAAACACCGAGAGAAGGAAAGAUCUUCAUGACGGUUGCCGUUGAUUUGGUUAUUCGAGGUAUAAGGGAGCCCGUGAGAUUUGUUAUCGAAACGUCUGUUAAAGUUUUUCCGCAGAAUGAAAGAUUUUGGUAUUUUAAUAAGAAAAACCUUGUACAGCAAUUUUUCCUUAAUUCAAAAGAGAUAAUAUUUAACGAAGGAAACGAAAUCCAUUAUGAAGUCCAGAAUAUCGAGACAUCUGGUGAAUUAGAUAGAAAUAGAUUAAAUUUAGCUUUAAAUCUGGCAUCGUUGAUUAGAUCCCCCUCCUUCACGAGCAUUGACACUCUCACGCCUAAAGAAGAUAACGAUUCAGAUGGAGACGAACCAAUGCUAAGUGGAACUGGCGAAGUUUCAAAGGAUUGUUCGGCAGACGAACUCGCCAGUUGGGCCGAAGUUUUGGAUAGCUGGCAAGUUAACGAACAGCGCCCGAAGCUUCUCGUUAAAUUAACGAAGCAAGGUAUACCGGAAGCUCUUAGGGGAGAAGUGUGGCAAAGACUCAGUAAUUGCGAUAAUUCUCAAGAAAUGAUGGACAGAUAUCGAAUGCUUAUUACAAAGGAGAGCAGCUGCGAGGGCGUUAUUCUUCGGGAUAUUAAUAGAACAUUUCCUGCUCACGACUUCUUUAAAGAGACCGGUGGAUUGGGUCAAGAUUCAUUGUACAGGAUAAGCAAAGCUUACGCAGUAUACGAUGAAGAAAUUGGUUACUGUCAAGGUCUGAGUUUCCUAGUCGCAAGUCUUCUUUUGCAUAUGCCCGAAGAGCAAGCAUUUUGUGUUUUGGUUAAAUUAAUGUACGAUUACGGUUUACGAGACCUAUAUAAAGACAGAUUUGACAACCUUCAUAUGAGGUUCUAUCAACUUAAUCGUUUGAUGGAGGACCAGCUGCCAGAACUUUUCAAGCACUUCUAUGAGCGUGGCAUAGAGACGCACAUGUUCGCUGCACAAUGGUUCCUUACGCUAUUUACCGCAAGGUUCCCACUAUACCUGGUGUUUCACAUAUUAGAUGUUUUUCUGUUACAAGGAUUUGAUACGUUAUUUCAAGUUGCGCUUGCUCUUUUAACGUUGUGCAAAAAGGAAUUGCUGCAAUUAGACUUUGAGAGCACUCUUAAAUUCUUCCGGGUACACUUACCAAAACGAUGCCGUAACGAAGAGGUUUCACGAUAUGUUAUGAAACUUGCCUGUUCGAUUACUCUAAAAAAAUUAAAGAAGUAUGAAGCAGAGUUCAUGACAUUAAAAGAGGCCCAGGAGAACGCGGACGAGUACAGCAACGAGGUGGAGCAGCUGCGGGGUGCAGUGGCCCGGAGCGACGAGGAGAAGCAGCGGCUCGAGGCCGAGCUCGCCCAGGUCAAGGAGAUGCUGCAGCGCGAGGUGACAAGGGCCGACGCGGAGAGUCGCAGGAACGCCGUCAUCAUUGCCGAGUACAAGCAGAUUUGCCAGCGCCUCGAGGACGAUUACAAUACUGCCAAGGCAUCUUUAAGUGACUUACGCACAAAGAUCUCAAAAUGUGACAAAUGCUCCGUUAAUGUGACAAAGUCAUGCAACGCGGUGACCAAUGUAUCGCACUGCAUCGAGAAUAGGGUCGAUCCCAUUCUAAGUAGAGCUCAAGAGAGAGUGAGAGAGCUCGAGUUGGAGUUGGCCCAAACAAAGUUGGCGCACGUCGAGGCCGAGUGCAGGAAUCAGGACCUUACGCACCAGCUACACGCCACAGCCUCGGAGCUCCAGGCGGCCCGCAACAGUUGGCCUUGGCUGAGCAAGACCCUCUCGAGUAUCAAGGAGGCGGCGAACAAGCGCGAGAUGAUGAGCGGAGGGGGCGCCGUCGCUGGGAUCCUGAGGCGCGAAAGCGCUCCAAGCGGCGAAAUGCGGCACACCUUGCAUUCCCAGGGCCGCGACAGCUUCAAGGAGGCUGUCUGAUAACGAGCUCGAGCUCAUUAUCAUCAUUGUCGUCGUCGUCGUCGUCGUCGUCGUCGUCGUCGUCAUUAU